ACUUUUAUUUAUUUAUUUAUUUAUUUUGAUUUGGAGAAAAUUAACGUCCCAAAGUCUCUAUUGACAAAAUGAAAGCGGAACUAAUGCGAUGCCGCUUUUGUUCAGGGGAACGCAAUGAAUGUUACACUGCAGCGGAAACAGCUGGAGCCGUUUGAAAUGGAUUUUAAUACAAUGAAUGGUUGUUCUCAGGUACCGAAGCUACGUCGCUGAUUUUGUAAAACCGAUCAUGUCGCUUAGGUGAAUUAAACGUAUAUCCCAGAGCUUUUCUCCUGCCUGCCUGGUCUAAUCUGGAUUGAUGACGCCGAUGAUAGGUUAGAAGACGCUUUUGUUUUAUGCCUGGAGAAUGUCAACAGCCCAGAACUAGCUAAUGGUCUACCCGGAGGUAUUGCAUAUUUUCUGGAACGGAAAAUAUCUCCGUUGUCAUGUCUAACCACUGCGGCUCAUCAUGCCUGGCCUCAGACUGCUGUCAAUAAGCUGGUUGCGUUUAAAAGAGAGACUCGAGUGUCCUGACUAUAAGGUGACGUUUACAGCAGUAUCGCUCAUUCUGUUUUUGGCGUCACCUCUAUAUCAUGAGAAUGAAGCUCAAACUGAAGACUGUAUUCCUGCUCUACUUUACGGUUUCCCUACUGGGCCUCAUCUACGCCCUCAUGCAGUUAGGUCAGCGUUGUGACUGCAGAGAGCAUGACUUGCCCAAGGAUCGAACCAUCUCACAACUGAGAGGGGAGUUACAUAAACUGCAAGAGCAAAUAAAAAAAUCAGAAGGACAGAAAACCUCCAGACAAUCCGGCUUGCCUACAAUCUACGUAAUAACACCUACCUAUGCAAGACUGGUGCAGAAGGCUGAGCUGACACGCUUGUCCCACACUUUCUAUGUGCCUCAGCUCCACUGGAUCGUGGUGGAGGAUUCUCCCAGCCCGACACAGCUAGUGAGAAACUUUCUGGCUGUGUGUGGCCUGACCUACACUCACUUACACAUGCUGACACCUAAAGAUAGGAAGCUGCAGGAAGGUGACCCUCAUUGGCUGAAGCCUCGUGGGGCUGAGCAGAGGAACGAGGGUUUGCGCUGGCUCAGGGAGAAGGCUGCUGCUGUUGCUGCUGCUGCUGAUGGGGCGAAUGCAGGCCUUGAGAAUGCUGUAGUCUACUUUGCUGAUGACGACAACACAUACAGCCUGCAGCUCUUCGAGGAGAUGCGUUACACUAAGAAAGUCUCUGUUUGGCCGGUGGGUCUGGUGGGAGCUAUGAAGUUUGAGCGGCCUGUAGUGGAGAAUGGAAAAGUGGUCCGAUUCCACACUGGCUGGCGACCCAAUCGUCCCUUCCCUAUUGACAUGGCUGGCUUUGCUGUCUCUCUAAACCUGGUGUUGGCCAAUCCAGAAGCUUGUUUUGAUGGCAAUGCAGAGAUGGGCUUCCUGGAAAGCAGCUUCCUGCAGAACCUGGUUACCAUGGAGGAGCUGGAGCCCAAAGCUGACAUGUGCACUAAGGUGCUGGUGUGGCACACGCGUACUGAGAAGCCAAAAAUGAAAAGAGAGGAGGCUUUAAUAAAGCAGGGGUUGGGAUCAGAUCCCAAUGUGGAGGUGUAAGUUCUCAGAACACUCUGGCACAUCCCAGUUACGAAAAACCCAUUUUACUAUACUGUUAACCUGAAAAUGUUCUUCAGUAUGUGAAGUUAAUUUACUGUAGUUCAGGAAUGAUGACAUAUGAAUAACUGUUUGGUUGUCAUGAUUGAGUGUGUGGUUUUGUGUGCAUGAGUGAAUGCAGUAUUUAUAAUUCUAUUUAUCAUUCAUGGAACUAUGUAGAACACGUAGAUAGCUGCUCAGUGUUUAUGCCUCAUGCCUGUAAAUGAUCGUCCUGUACAUUAUUAUGUUAUUACUAUGAUCAGGGAGCCAUUAAACAGGAACUGUAGGUUGAGGAUGAUAUUAAGAAGCUCGAGUAGCCAAUUAGCUCAUUGGGAUCCUUGGGAAGUAAAUUUAGCAGAAAUUGUACUUGCUAUGUACAUUGUUGCAAAAAGGCCUAAAAUAAAAUACAUUUUACACAAACA